CAUAGUCAGCAUUGUCACUGGCGUCCCACUGGAUGUGAAUUCUCCCUGCCCACUGGGUGUGAGUUUUCCUUGCCCUUUUGUGGGUUCUUCCAAGGAUGUUGUAGUCGUAAUGAUUUGUGCAGUCCUUUGAGACAUUUGUGAUUUGGGGCUAUAUAAAUAAACAUUGAUUGAUUGAUUGAUAGUAAAGCUUCACAUCCGGGAAUUUUAAACAAGGAAUCACCGUGUGUUUGUGUGGCUAAAGGCUAAAAGCGUCCCACCUCCAUCUUUGUACUUUGACUUCUCCAUUAUUAAUUGGACAAAUUGCAAAAAAAUUCAGCAAAACAGAUGUACAAAAUACUGUGUAAUUGCGCGAUGAAAAGAGACGACUUAUGAAGAUGUGCUAACAUCAUGUUUAAUGAGAACGUGUGACUAGAUGACAACAUGCUAUCUCAUGCUUUGGUUGACUUAUGAAGAUGUGCAAACAUGUGUAAUGACAAUGUGUGACUAGAUGACAACAUGCUAUCUCAUGCAUUGUUCAACUUAUGAAGAUGUGUAAACAUCAUGUUUAAUGAGAACUUGUGACUAGAUGACAACAUGCUAUCUCAUUCGUUGGUUGACUUAUGAAGAUGUGCUAAUAUUGUGUUUGAUAAGAACUUGUGACUAGAUGACAACAUGCUAACAUGCGUUGGUUGACUUAUGAAGAUGUGCAAACAUUAUGUUUAAUGACAUGUGACUAGAUGACAACAUGCUAACAUGCGUUGGUUGACUCAUGAAGAUGUGCUAACAUGUUUAAUGAGAACGUGUGACUAGAUGACAACAUGCUAUCUCAUGCGUUGGGUGACUUAUGAAGAUGUGCUAACACCAUGAUUAAUGAGAACGUGUGACUAGAUGACAACAUGCUAUCUCAUGCGUUGGUUGACCUCUGAAGCUGUGCAAAUAUGUAUAUUGUGAACGUGUGACUAGAUGACAACAUGCUAACACAUGCACUGGUUGACUUAUGAAGAUGUGCAAACAUGUUUUUCUGAGAACGUCUGAAUAGAUGACAACAUGCAAUCUCAUGCGUUGGUUGACUUAUGAAAUUGUGCAAACAUGUUUAAUGACAACGUGAAUAGAUGACGACAUGCUAUCUUGGUUGACUUAUGAAGAUGUGCAAACAUCAUGUUUAAUGAGAAGGUGUGACUAGAUGACAACAUGCUAUCUCAUGCUCUGGUUGACUUAUGAAAAUGUCCAAACAUGUUUAAUGAGAACAUGUAACUAGAUGACGACAUGCUAUCUUGGUUGACUUAUGAAAAUGUGCAAACAUGUUUAAUGAGAACAUGUGACUAGAUGACGACAUGCUAUUUCAUGCUUUGGUUGACUUAUGAAAAUGUCCAAACAUGUUUAAUUAGAACAUGUAACUAGAUGACGACAUGCUAUCUUGGUUGACUUAUGAAAAUGUGCAAACAUGUUUAAUGAGAACAUGUGACUAGAUGACGACAUGCUAUUUCAUGCUCUGGUUGACUUAUGAAAAUGUCCAAACAUGUUUAAUUAGAACAUGUAACUAGAUGACGACAUGCUAUCUUGGUUGACUUAUGAAAAUGUGCAAACAUGUUUAAUGAGAACAUGUGACUAGAUGACGACAUGCUAUUUCAUGCUUUGGUUGACUUAUGAAAAUGUCCAAACAUGUUUAGUUAGAACAUGUGACUAGAUGACGACAUGCUAUUUCAUGCUUUGGUUGACUUAUGAAAAUGUCCAAACAUGUUUAAUUAGAACAUGUGACUAGAUGACGACAUGCUAUCUUGGUUGACUUAUGAAAAUGUGCAAACAUGUUUAAUGAGAACAUGUGACUAGAUGACGACAUGCUAUUUCAUGCUUUGGUUGACUUAUGAAAAUGUCCAAACAUGUUUAAUUAGAACAUGUGACUAGAUGACGACAUGCUAUCUUGGUUGACUUAUGAAGAUGUGCAAACAUGUUUAAUGAGAACAUGUGACUAGAUGACGACAUGCUAUCUUGGUUGACUUAUGAAGAUGUGCAAACAUGUUUAAUUAGAACAUGUGACUAGAUGACAACAUGCUAUCGUUGGUUGGUUGACUUAUGAAGAUGUGCAAACAUGUUUAAUUAGAACAUGUGACUAGAUGACAACAUGCUAUCUCACGCGUUGGUUGACUCUUGAAGAUGUGCAAACAUGUUUAAUUAGAACAUGUGACUAGAUGACAACAUGCUAUCUCACGCAUUGGGUGACUUAUGAAGAUGUGCAAACAUGUUUAAUGAGAAGGUGUGACUAGAUGACAACAUGCUAUCUCGUUGGUUGGUUGACUCCUGAAGAUGUGCAAACAUGUUUAAUGAGAAGGUGUGACUAGAUGACAACAUGCUAUCUCGUUGGUUGGUUGACUCCUGAAGAUGUGCAAACAUGUUUAAUGAGAAGGUGUGACUAGAUGACAACAUGCUAUCUCGUUGGUUGGUUGACUCCUGAAGAUGUGCAAACAUGUUUAAUGAGAAUGAGUGACUAGAUGACAACAUGCUAUCUCGUUGGUUGGUUGACUCCUGAAGAUGUGCAAACAUGUUUAAUGAGAAGGUGUGACUAGAUGACAACAUGCUAUCUCACGCAUUGGUUGACUCUUGAAGAUGUGCAAACAUGUUUAAUGAGAAGGUGUGACUAGAUGACAACAUGCUAUCUCGUUGGUUGGUUGACUCCUGAAGAUGUGCAAACAUGUUUAAUGAGAAGGUGUGACUAGAUGACAACAUGCUAUCUCACGCAUUGGUUGACUCUUGAAGAUGUGCAAACAUGUUUAAUGAGAAGGUGUGACUAGAUGACAACAUGCUAUCUCGUUGGUUGGUUGACUCCUGAAGAUGUGCAAACAUGUUUAAUGAGAAGGUGUGACUAGAUGACAACAUGCUAUCUCGUUGGUUGGUUGGCUCCUGAAGAUGUUUAAAGAGCAGAUGGGAGGCAGCUGCGGUUCAUGAAGUAGAACACGAGCCAGCUUGUCAGCCUCCUGUUUCUCGCAGCAAACCACCAAAAUAGGUCAGUGGCCUCAUUUCAGAUGUUUUGGUUGUAUUGUGAAACAUCUUGCAUGCCAUAAAAGCCGAGAAGUGUGCAUGUUUCUUAUCUGCUGCAGUGAGUCACGCUGCGUCUCUUGUCGCUUCCAUCGAGCGGCGGAGGCUGCCAAGAUGCCAGGAAUGAGAACGUGUUCCGCUCAAGUCUUUGCCAGCAAGAUGACCUUCUGGAAAGUCACCAUGGCUCUUCUCCUGGGCUGGCUGCUCACAGGGCCAGGCCUGCUCCCCGCCAGCUGCCAGACGUUUGACCACAGCCUGGGCGCCGUCAGCGUGGAGCCGUCGCGGCGCUUUGAGCUGGGCUCCGACCUGACCGUGUUCUGCCACGUCUCAGCGUGCAAGGAGAGGUACAAGAUCUUCUUGGAGUUGAACUCGCAACCUGUGGACCUGUGGAAGAGAGACGGGUGCAGCCCGGCCGUCUUCCGCCUGUCCAAGGUGAUGCUGCCUCGAUCCAGCCUGCUGUGCCUGAUCAAGACUGACGACACACUGCCCUGGCUUGUUGGUGGUCUGGACCUGAUUGGUGGACGCCCCCCUGACAAGCCCCUCAACCUCACCUGUGUCACCACGAGGCGGUGGCAGCGGGUGGAGUGCUCAUGGCGGCGAGGACGAGACACCCAUGUUUCCACUUCCUGCGAGGUGUCCUUCAGCAGGGAGAACUCCAGUCCACAACAUUUAGCGUGCGGCCCUGACCAGCAGCACCUCAUCCUACCUCCCACUCUGCGGGCUGGAAACACCUCGUAUCAGCUAGUCGUCACCGCGCACAACCAGUUUGGACGCGUGAUGUCCGACACCUUCGUCUUCACCCUAAACGACAUCGUGGUUCCACAGAGUCCUGUCAUCCAGCACAUCCACUUCCAGAAGAAUUCCUCCAGGCUGGCGGCCAUCUUGCAGUGGACUACACCUGAGGCUGUGCCACACCUGCGAGCGUCCGUCAGACGGCGGCGUGGCGACAACGCUUCCUGGGUGGUGAGCCAGGUGACCCGCCUCGCUGAGGAUAAGGUGCAAGUAGACGGCCUGGAGCCUCUGGUGGACUACCAGUUCCAGGUGAUGUUGUGUGACUCCGCCCCCUACCUGGGUGCAGGUCAAAGGUCACGCUGCAGCAAAUGGAGUCCAUCAAUGACCAUGAGAAGUCCUGGAAAAAGCCCGUCCAAGCCAGUGAGUGUGUGGAGGGUGUUAACCAAUGAGAAGUCAGGGUCAGAGAGGAAGGUGACACUUUUAUGGAAGGCUCCGCCUCCAGACGACUACAGCGGCCAGGUGGAAGGUUAUAGAAUCUGGCUGGGCCACGAUACCAAACAGGAAGUGAGGUGCAAUGCCUCGCUCACGCAAUGUGACCUUCAGGUGCAUCAAGACAUCUCAGCGCUCAGCCUGAGUGUCAACACCACCUUUGGCUCCUCCCCCCCUGCACACCUGCCCCUCACGCUGUCAGGUGAUUCAAGUCCUCCUCUCAGACUGAUGGGUCCAGCAUUGAACAGCAGCAAAGUUCUAGUUUCCUGGGCAGGACCAGAACCUGGGUCAGAACCUGGGCCAGAAGUCAAAGCAGGAGGAGCAGGUGUGCAGAUGUACGUGGUGGAGUGGACAAGUGUUCCUGAGGACAAGAUGCACUGGCAGGAAGUGACAGCAGAUCAAAAACACCUCAUAGUUACAGGUUUGAUGCCAGGCGUGAGAUACAACAUCUCUCUUUACGCCGUGAGCUGCAGAGGAGUCAGCACCCCCAGCUCCGUCCUGGUCUACUCCGAACAACUAAAACCAGUUGCUGGUCCUCUUGUGUCCGUUGUGGUCCACAAGAAAGGACGGAUCCACAUCCAGUGGGAGGAUCCCGCUGUAGAGCAGCAGCGAGGAUUCUUCACAAACUACAGCAUUUAUCUGCACACGCCACAAUCUCCACCAUCAGUGACCAUGAGUGCGCCGGGGUCCAGAGAGACAUGGCUGGACUGUCCUAAUGGACUUGUCUUUGUCCAGAUGUCCGCGUCCACGUCGGCUGGAGAAGGUCCGCGUGGGAACCUGGUCUCCUCUCAGCCUGUGGACCCUGCAGCUGGACUGAGCGUCCUGGUCUUCAUGGUUGUGGUUUUCAGUGCCGUCGGGGUCCAGGUCUUCUGUUGGCGCUGUGUGAGACCCAGGAUCAAAGAGGAAUGUCCAUCCUGGGCUCCUGAUUGGUUGAGUGGAAAGUUGCCCAAAGCCGAAAACAGCCGAGUCAUAAAACUACUGCAGCUGGACCAGAGUGAGCUGUCCUUCUCCAGUCUUGACAAGGACCCGCCGCUGUCCCCCAUCAGCUGUGUUUCCCAGGACGAGCUGCACCCCAGCGUCCAUGACGAGGCGCCCACAUUCACAGCCACAGCCGUGGCCACAAUGGCAGACGGUUACGCACCUCAGCUGACGGCAGCCUCAGCUUCAGCAGGAAGGACAGUGACGGCGGAGGCGGAGGCGGAGGCGGAGGCGAGCGCAGGCUGGGAGACGCCAGAAGAGGACCAAUGUCCCAGCGACUUGGCUUUGCUGGUCAACUUCCUGUCCUGUGCCGACUCGGGCCCCCCACAUGGCGCCCUCUGGUGGCAACCUGAGCACGCAAGCCAUGGUCGCUCGCAGGGACCCUGAACGCAUCACAGACCUUGGCCCCGCCCCAUUGGACGCACACCAAGCCUGGUGUCACUUCUCACCGUGCAGAUGCCACACAGGGGAAGAACCUCAACACCCCCUCAGUUCUCACAGCCCCCUCAUGGCUCAUCUCCAGCCCUCUUCUUCUGACGCCAUGAGUUGAGGUUGGAAAUGACGUUUGUACGAGAAGGCAUGAGGUCAGACCAUGACGGAUGAUGGGGAUUGUCCCAUGCAUGAGAUGAAAUGAUAAAACAUGAUGUUUAUGGCAGAAUAUCACUUUUAUAUUGACUAUCUCCUACAUGAGAUAAAAUGAUAAAACAUGCUGUUUAUGGGAGAAUAUCACAAUGAUAUUGACUAUCUCAUACAUGAGAUGAUAUGAUAAAACAUGCUGUUUAUGGGAGAAUAUCACAAUGAUAUUAACUAUCUCAUACAUGAGAUGAGAUGAUAAAACAUGCUGUUUAUGGGACAAUAUCACUUUGAUAUUGACUAUCUCAUACAUGAGAUGAUGAAACAUGAUGAUUAUGGGACAAUAUCACAUUGAUAUUGACUAUCUCAUACAUGAGAUGAUAAAACAUGAUGUUUAUGGGACAAUAUCACAAUGAUAUUGACUAUCUCAUACAUGAGAUGAGAUGAUAAAACAUGAUGUUUAUGGCAGAAUAUCACAAUCAUAUUGACUGUCUCCUACA